AUGUCAUCAGAAGAAGAGUUGAUUGUAUUGUUCAAAAACGUUGGUUUUGAUGAGAAAAAGUCGAAGGAUAUUGCCAAAAACAAGAAAGUAGCUGGGUUGUUACAAUCUGUCUUGGCUAAAUCAUCAGUUGAAUCAUACACCGAUGAAAAAAAAUUGACGUUGUUACAUCAAUUGGCAGUAUUGGAGAACAAGAAUGGAAAGCCAAUCCCUCAUGUUGAACAUCUAAUUAAUGGUAUUAAUAAUGACGACAUAAAGACCAAUUUGCAAAUUACCGAGGGUAUCAAAUAUUUACAAUCACACGAUGAUCCUAAGCAAGAUGAGUUCAAUGAAGCAACUGGUGUCGGGAUUGAAAUUGGUGAGACACAAGUAAGAGAAGAGAUUGGCAAGUAUCUUGACUCAAUCAGUAGUAAGUUGGAGUCUGAAAGAUAUGCCAUUUUACCUAAAGUCAUGUCCGAAGUUAAAGCGCAACCUGCAUUGAAAUGGGCGCCACCCAAUUUAUUCAAACCAGUACUUGAUGAGUUGUUCUUGACCAGAUUGGGCCCUAAAGACGAAAGGGAUGUGAAAAAGAAGAAAAAGAAGAAGCCAGUUGCUGCUGCUGCCACAACUACCAAACAAGAGCCAGAAAUGGAAAGAUCUAUGUUUUCGGAAGGUUUCCUUGGUGAUUUACAUAAACCAGGAGAAGAGCCACAAAAGUACCCUGAAUUGCUAGAAGCUCACCGCGAAUUCAUCAAGGGUCAAGUGUAUACUCGUUUCCCACCCGAACCGAAUGGGUUUUUACACAUUGGACAUUCAAAAGCAAUCAUGGUUAAUUUUGGUUUUGCUCAAUUCCACAAAGGCAAAUGCUAUUUACGGUUUGAUGAUACUAAUCCUGAAGCUGAAGAAGCCAAGUAUUUUGAAUCCAUUAAAGAGAUGGUGGCAUGGUUGGGUUACAAGCCGUGGAAGAUUACUUAUUCUUCAGAUUAUUUUGAUGAACUAUUUGGGUUGGCAAUCAAGCUUAUAAAGCUGGAUAGAGCAUAUAUCUGUCAUUGUACUCCAGAACAAGUGAAACUUGGACGUGGUCAACGUGAAGAUGGAUCCAUGGGUGGUGAACGAUUCGCUUGUGAACAUCGAUCACAAUCGGUCGAACAUAACUUGACCGAAUUUUUAGCCAUGAAGGAGGGAAAAUAUGCCACUGGUGAAGCUACUUUACGUAUGAAGCAAGAUUUAUCUAGUCCUUCGCCACAAAUGUGGGAUUUAGUUGCUUAUAGGGUUUUAAACAAACCUCAUCAUCGUACUGGGUCCAAAUGGAAGAUUUAUCCCACGUAUGACUUUACCCAUUGUUUGGUUGAUUCCUUGGAAAAUAUCACUCAUUCAUUGUGUACAACCGAAUUUGUUUUAUCAAGGGAAUCAUACGAAUGGUUAUGUGAUGCUUUACAUGUAUAUAGACCAGCCCAAAGGGAGUAUGGUAGGUUGAACAUGACCGGUACCAUUAUGUCCAAGAGAAAAAUUGCUAAACUUGUCAAUGAAGGGUAUGUCAGAGGCUGGGAUGAUCCAAGAAUUUACACCUUGGAAGCAAUUAAAAGAAGAGGUAUUCCACCAGGAGCUAUAUUAUCAUUUAUCAACACAUUAGGUGUAACCACGUCAACUACAAAUAUUCAAACUACCAGAUUUGAAAGUGCUGUACGUCAAUUCCUCGAUCAAACUACUCCUAGAUUAUUCUUGGUGUUAAAUCCAGUUGAGGUUCAUAUUGACAACUUAUCCGACGAUUUUGAAUUGGAAGUGGAAAUUCCUUACAAACCAGGUAAAGAUGUCAACUCAUUAGGUAACAGGAAAUUGAAGUUUACAAACAAAGUUUACAUUGAUCGCGGUGAUGUUAGAGAUGAACCUGCUGAUAAGGAAUACUACCGUUUGGCACCAGGACAACCAGUUGGGUUGUUGAAGGUACCAUUUAACAUUAUUUUCAAAUCAAUUGAAACUGUCGAUGGUAAAACUAUUGUGCAUGUUGAUUAUGAUACUACUCAGUCUACCAAGAAACCAAAGACAUAUAUCCAAUGGGUACCUGUUAAUGAUUGCAAGCCCAUCAAAGAAGUCCGUAUCUAUAAUCAAUUAUUCAACUCUGAGAACCCAGCAGGGCACCCCAAAGGUUAUCUUGCUGAUAUUAACCCUGCUAGUGAAGACGUUUUGACAAAUGCCGUUAUUGAAUCAAACUUUGCGGAAAUUGCUGCCAAGUCCCCCAUGAACUUGACCAUACCAGAUUCACAAUUUAACAUCAAGGAAGAUGCGGGCAAUCACACAAUCAGAUUCCAAGCCUUGAGAGAAGGUUACUUCUGUGUCGAUAAAGACUCUAAAGAUGACACUUUGGUUUUGAAUAGAAUUGUUACUUUGAAAGAAGAUGCUAAUAAGUAA